AUGCCCUGGAGGGCACAAGUAAACUUUCUUGUUAUAUGGAGUUUGGAUGCUUUUCCUAGCAGAAGAUUGUGCUGGAAGCUCCUUGGCAUCAAGUGUAUCCCACAAAAAUUGGAGUCAGAUGCUUCCCAUGCUAGGCGUAAGAAGCAAACUACUGAGCAUUCUGCCUCUACUUGGACAGAAAAAUAUAGGCCAAAGGUUCCAAAUGACAUUAUCGGGAAUCAGUCACUGGUAAAUGCUAGUGACAGUCGUGGGAAAGCUGAUUCCAAGAUUGAAAAGGGAAUUGGUGGAAGCAAUGCAAAUUCUAUUAAAGAGCUUGUCAGCAACAAGGCCCUGAGCAUGGAUGGAUUGAAGCAUCCCAAAACUGUGCUAAUUAUGGAUGAGGUUGAUGGGAUGUCUGCUGGAGAUCGGGGAGGAGUUGCUGAUCUUAUUGCUAGCAUAAAGAUUUCUAAAAUUCCUGUUAUCUGCAUUUGUAAUGAUCGUUACAGUCAGAAACUGAAAAGUCUUGUGAACUACUGUUUACUUCUCAGCUUUCGGAAACCUACUAAACAACAGAUGGCAAAGAGGUUGAUGCAAAUUGCAAAUUCUGAAGGACUUAAAGUUAAUGAGAUUGCUCUUGAGGAACUCGCAGAAAAAGUUAAUGGAGACAUGCGAAUGGCAGUUAACCAGUUGCAGUAUAUGAGCCUAUCAAUGUCUGUCAUUAAAUAUGAUGAUGUAAGGCAGCGCUUAUUAAGCAGUGCGAAGGAUGAAGAUAUUUCACCAUUCACAGCUGUUGACAAGCUGUUUGGUUUUAAUGCAGGAAAGUUGCGGAUGGAUGAGCGUGUUGACCUGUGCAUGAGUGAUCCUGAUCUAGUCCCUCUUCUUAUCCAGGAAAAUUAUAUUAACUAUAGGCCAAGUUCGGCUGUCAAGGAUGAUAGUGGGAUAAAACGUAUGAACUUAAUUGCCCGUGCCGCUGAGUCUAUUGGCAAUGGGGAUAUUUUCAAUGUACAGAUUAGAAAAUAUCGGCAAUGGCAGCUUUCCCAAAGUGCUUGUCUUUCAUCCUCUAUUUUUCCUGCUGCAUUAUUGCGUGGGCAAAGAGAGACACUUGAGCAGGGAGAAAGGAAUUUUAAUAGAUUUGGAGGGUGGCUGGGAAAGAACUCAACACUUGGAAAAAAUUUGAGGCUUUUGGAAGAUUUGCAUGUCCAUCUUCUCGCUUCUCGUGAAUCUAGUUCGGGGAGGGAAAUCCUCCGAGUUGAAUACCUUUCUCUUCUUCUGAAACGAUUGACCGUGCCCCUCCGUGAACUUCCUAAGGAUGAAGCUGUACACAAAGUUGUGGAUUUCAUGAAUACUUACUCCAUUAGUCAGGAUGACUUUGAUACUAUUGUGGAGUUAUCCAAAUUUCAGGGGCACCCAAAUCCUCUAGAUGGCAUUCAACCAGCUGUAAAGGCAGCGCUGACAAAAGCUUACAAAGAAGGCAGCAAAACAAGGAUGGUACGAGCUGCAGAUUUUGUCACUUUACCUGGAAUGAAGAAGGCUCCUAAGAAGCGGAUUGCUGCUAUUUUAGAACCAUCUGUUGAUGUAAUUGGAGAGAACAAUGAUGAUACUUUGGUUGAGAGUGAAGAAGAAAAUUCGUCAGAUACAGAGGACUUGGAAGGUUCUGCGGCUGGUGAGAAGCUGCAACAGGAACUUCAAAGUUUGAAUACAAAAGGAGUGCAUGUACAAUUCGAUUUGAAGGGUGCAACAAAUUCAAGUGCAAAGAAGACCCCAACAGGCAGGGGUAGAGGUGGUUCAUCUGCCGCAGCUGAGAAAAAAGGAGGCCGAGGUUCAGGGGCUGGUGGAAAGAGAAAGAGAUGA